AUGGACACCUUCCGGCCCCGUUACUACAGCGCGAAGGAGGUGGCGGAGCACAACCGGCCCUGGGACCUCUGGGUCUCCUUCCUGGGGCGGGUCUACGACCUCAGCCCGCUGGCGAAGGAGCACAAGGGUGAUCUCUUGCUGAAGCCUAUCCUAGAAGCAGCAGGGAAAGACAUCAGCCAUUGGUUCAACACCAAGACCAAGGAUAUCCAAACGCACAUCGAUCCCCUGACAGGCUGCCUCAAGUACUACACCCCCCAAGGUCGCUUUAUACACAUUCCACCUCCGUUGCCUCGCUCAGAUUGGGCCAACGACUUCGGCAAGCCCUGGUGGAAAGAUUCCAAGUACGAAGUGGGCACCUUGUCUGUCAAAACCAGGCGCAUACGGAUCAUCAACACCCUGACUUCUCAGGAGCAAACACUCGAGGUGUGCUCUGAAGAAUCCAUGUGGGAGAUCUUGCGACGCUAUCUCCCCUACAACGCCCAUGCCGCCAGCUACACAUGGAAAUACAAAGAGAUCAAUCUGGACAUGGACCGGAACCUGCAGCAGAACCGCAUCCCCGACGAGGAUGAGGAGUUCUACAACCUCAACAUGGAUGCUGACUUCUUCACCCCAGCCAUCCUACUCUACUUCAAUGAUGACCUCACUGAGUUUUAG